AUGGCCACCGUCGAGCCCUGGAGCUCCCAGUACGGAGCCCUCUAUAGGCACCUACUGCUGACUCUCUUGGUCUUCAGUUUUACUUGUGAAGCCUGCAAAAAUAUUAUACUUAAUGUACCUUCUACUCUAGAGGCAGAUAAAAUGAUCGGCAGAGUCAAUUUGAAAAAGUGCCUCAAAUCUGCAGAUAUCAUCAGUUCAAGUGACCCUGAUUUUCGCGUUUUGGGUGAUGGGUCCAUAUUCACAACCAAGGCUAUUGUCCUCUCUGAUGAGAAAAAAUCAUUCACCGUAUUGCUUUCUGACACGAAGAAACAGAAACAGAAGGGCAUUACUGUGCUCCUGAAACAUCAGAAGGUUCUAACGAAAAGGCAUACCAAAGAGACUGUCCUCCGGCGUGCCAAAAGGAGAUGGGCACCUAUUCCGUGUUCAAUGCAGGAGAAUUCCUUGGGUCCUUUCCCGUUGCUUCUUCAACAAGUCCAGUCUGAUGCAGCACAAAACUAUACCAUCUUCUACUCAAUAAGUGGUCGUGGAGUUGACCAAGAACCUUUGAAUUUGUUUUUCAUAGAAAGAGACACUGGAAAUCUGUAUUGUACCCAACCUGUGGACCGUGAGGAAUAUGAUGUUUUUGAUUUGAUUGCCCAUGCAUCAACUGCGGAUGGGUAUUCCGCAGAUUUACCUCUCCCACUGCCCAUCAGAGUUGAGGAUGAAAAUGACAACUACCCACUGUUCACAGAAAGCGCUUAUAAUUUUGAAAUUCCAGAAAGUAGUCGACUUGGUUCGACAGUGGGAGAGGUUUGUGCCACGGACAGAGAUGAGCCUGACACGAUGCAUACACUUCUGAAAUACAGCAUUUUGGAACAGAUACCAAGAUCACCUGGGCUCUUUUCUGUGCAUCCCAAAAGUGGUGUCAUCACCUUAGCCUCUCACACUCUGGACAGAGAGAAAGUAGACAAGUACACAUUGGUAAUGAAAGUACAAGAUAUGGAUGGUCAGUUUUUUGGAUUGAUGACUACAUCAACUUGUCUGAUAACAGUAAAAGAUUCAAAUGACAAUGUACCUAUUUUCAGACAAAAUGCUUUUAAGACAUCAGUGGAAGAAAAUACAUUCAAUGUGGAAAUCUUACGAUUACCUAUAGAAGAUAAGGAUUUAAUUAACACUGAGAAUUGGAGAGCCAAUUUUACUAUUUUGAAAGGCAACGAAAAAGGACAUUUCAAAAUCAGUACAGACAAAGAAACUAAUGAAGGUGUUCUCUAUGUUGUAAAGCCACUGAAUUAUGAAGAAAACCACCAAGUGAUCCUGGAAAUUGGAGUAUGCAAUGAAGUUCCACUUACUAGAGAUGCUGCAACCAAAUCAGUAACCAUGAGCAGAGCUAUGGUUACAGUUCAAGUAAAGGAUCAGGAUGAAGGGCCUGAAUGCCACCCUCCAGCCCAGUAUGUACGGAUUAAAGAAAACUCAGAAGUCGGGGUGAAGAUUAAUGGGUAUAAGGCGUAUGACCCAGAAACUAAAAGUAGCAAUGGUUUAAGGUAUAAAAAAUUGUAUGAUCCUAAAGGGUGGAUCAAUGUUGAUGAAAUGUCAGGAUCAAUUAUGACUUCCAAAAUCCUGGACAGGGAGGCAGUGACUCCCAAAAAUGAAUUAUAUAAUAUCACAGUCAUGGCAAUAGACCAAGAUGGUAGAUCGUGUACUGGGACCCUUGCUGUGAACAUUGAAGAUGUGAAUGAUAAUCCACCAGAAAUGGUUCAAAAUGAUGUAACAAUUUGCAAACCAAAAAUGGCCUAUACUGAAAUUUCAGCUGUUGAUCCUGAUGAUGUUGUCAAUGGCCCUCCGUUUUCCUUCUCCUUGGCAAAUGCUUCUCCAGAAAUCAAUAGAAUAUGGACCCUCACACAUGUGAAUGAUACAGCUGCCCGUCUUUCAUAUAGAAAUAAUGCUCAAUUUCAAGAAUAUAAUGUUCCUAUUACUGUAAAAGACAGAGCAGGUCAAUCUGCAACAAAAAUCUUGAGAAUUAAUCUAUGUGAUUGUGUUCAUCCAAGUCAGUGUCGAGCAGCUUCCAGGAGUGGAGGAAUACGUCUUGGAGAAUGGGCAAUCCUGGCAAUAUUACUGGGUGUGGCAUUGUUAUCUUGUGUAUUGCUAACUUUAGUAUGUGGAGUUGUUGGUACUGGAAAAGGAAAACGUUUUCCUGAAGAUUUAGCUCAGCAAAACUUAAUUAUAUCGAACACAGAAGCACCUGGAGACGACAGGGUGUGCUCUGCCAAUGGAUUUAUGACCCAGAGUGUCAACAACUCUAGCCAAGGCUUUUGUGGCACCAUGGGAUCAGGAAUGAAAAAUGGCGGACAAGAAACCAUUGAAAUGAUGAAAGGACACCAAACCUUGGAAUCCUGCCGUGGAGCAGGGCAUCAUCACACCUUGGAAUCGUGUAAGGGAGGACAUGUAGAAACAGACAACUGCAGAUACACUUACUCAGAGUGGCAUAAUUUUACACAACCCCGUCUUGGUGAAAAAUUGAACCUAUAUAAUCAAAAUGAAGACCAUAUGCGAUCUGAAGAUUAUGUCCUUACAUAUAACUAUGAAGGACGAGGCUCUCCAGCUGGGUCUGUAGGCUGCUGCAGUGAAAAACAGGAAGAAGAUGGACUUGACUUCUUAAAUAAUUUGGAGCCUAAAUUUACUACACUAGCAGAAACAUGCAUAGAGAGAUAA